AUGGCCGGUCUCGGAUGGCUCGUACUGACUGAUUGCGCACAGCACUCCUACAUGAAGUUCCUGUACAAAUACCCGCAAAAGAAGUUCCCCUACAAGGACCUCCUGGACGAAAACGCAAGGAGAGGCAAGGAGGACAAGGAGUACCAGAUUGUCGACACAGGCAUCUUUGAAGAAGACCGCUACUGGGACAUUUUUAUCGAGACGGCAAAGGAGACGGACGACCCCGAGGAGAUCCUCUUCCGGGUCACCGCCUGGAACAGAGGCCCCGAUCCGGCACCGCUCCAUAUCGUGCCGCACAUGUGGUUCCGCAACACGUGGGCCUGGGGCCGCGAAUCCGAGGACAAGAAGCCAUCCAUUGAGAGCGUUUCCGAAGGCCUGGCCAAGUCCAAGCACCACUCACUCGGAGACCGGUACUUCCUUAUGUCGCCCUCGCCCGGCGUCGGUUCCAGCGGCGAGGACGUUAUCCCCAAGAUGCUCUUCACUGACAACGACACCAACUACGAGCUGUUGUACGAGCAGAAGAACAAGACCCCCUACGUCAAGGAUGCCUUCCACCGCCACAUCUGCGAGGGCGAGAAGGGCGCUGUCAACCCCGAGCAGAAGGGCACCAAGUGCGCCGCCUGGUUCAACUUCAACGAAGAUGGCGGUGUCCCUCCCGGCGAGUGCGCCGUUGUCCGUUUCCGCUUUUCCAAGAAGAACCAGACCUACUUUGACGAAGGCGAAUUCGAUGACCUGAUCGACCUCAGAAUUGCCGAAGCCGACGACUUCUACUACCGUCUCAGCCCUCUUCCCAUGGCUGACGACCUCCGCAAUAUCCAGCGCCAGGCCUUCUCCGGCAUGAUGUGGACGAAGCAGCACUAUCUCUUUAUCUGGGACCAGUGGGCGAACGGCGACCCAACGCAGCCGCCUCCGCCCCCUAGUCGAAAGGACAUUCGCAACUCCCAGUGGAAGCACAUGCACUGCGAUGACAUCCUGUCCAUGCCCGAUUCCUGGGAGUACCCUUUCUUCGCCGCGUGGGACAGUGCGUUCCACUGCAUCACACUUGCAAUGAUGGACCCGGACUUUGCGAAGAAGCAGCUCGAUCUCUUCACAAGAGAGUGGUACUGCCACCCCAACGGCCAGUUGCCAGCAUACGAAUGGAACUUUGGUGACGUGAACCCCCCUGUGCACGCUUGGGCCACGUUCCGCGUCUUCAAGAUUGAACGCAAGCUUUACGGACGCCAGGAUCUUGACUUCCUCGAGAGAGUGUUCCAGAAGCUGCUGCUGAACUUCACUUGGUGGGUUAACCGCAAAGACGCCGAGGGCAAGAACGUGUUCGAGGGAGGAUUUCUCGGUCUCGACAACAUUGGCCUCUUCAACCGCUCCGAGCCUCUUCCUACCGGUGGCUCUUUGGAGCAGGCUGACAGCACUGGCUGGAUGGCCUUCUACUGCCUUAGCAUGCUCAACAUUGCGCUUGAGCUCGCGAAGCACCGACGGACGUACGAGGACAUCGCGUCCAAGUUCUUCGAGCACUUCAUCUUCAUCAGCGACGCCAUGACCUUCAGGACAGGCCAGAAGGACGAGAAGUCUCUGUGGAACGACGAGGAUGGCUUUUACUACGAUGCCAUCUCGUGGGGAGGUCCUUGGAUUCAACAGCUUCCGGUCCGGUCGCUCGUCGGCUUGAUCCCGCUCUACGCAACACUUACCCUUGAGCCUGAGCUAAUUAACAAGCUGCCGUCGUUCAAGAAGCGGGUUGACUGGUUUAUGGAGAACCGCUGUGACUUGGCGGAGAGGAACAUGGCCAGCAUCGCCAAGCGUGGCAAGGGCAACAGAAUCUUGCUGUCGAUCGUCAGCAAAGACAGACUGGAGAAGAUUCUCUACCGCAUGCUUGACGAGGAGGAGUUCUUCAGCGAGCAUGGUAUUCGGUCCUUGUCCAAGUAUCACAAAGAGAACCCGUUUUCGAUGGAGGUCAACGGGCAGACGUUCUCUGUCGGCUAUGUCCCUGGCGAUUCCGACAGCGGCCUGUUUGGUGGCAACAGCAACUGGAGAGGCCCCAUCUGGCUGUGUGUCAACUUCCUCCUGGUCGAGUCUCUUCAAAGGUUCUUCCUCUUUUACGGUCACGAGUUCCAGGUUGAGUGUCCCACCGGAAGCGGCGAUUACAUGCAUCUGGGCCACGUUUCCGAGGAGAUUCAGCACCGUCUGCAGCAUCUGAUGACGCGCAACGACGAGGGCCGCCGCAGCAUCAACGCCGGUAAUGACCUGCUCGACUUCGACCCCUACUGGAAGGACUACCUCUGGUUUUACGAGUUUUUCGACGGCGACAGCGGUCGCGGACUUGGCGCUACGCAUCAGUGUGGUUGGACCGGUCUGAUGGCACGAAUGAUCCACGAUACCGGUAUCAACUGUCGUCUUCCUCACACACCCCGUACUCCCUCGGCAGGAAUGUCGCACUACUUUGAUGACAUCUUUGCUCGCGGCACUGAACGUCGCGGCUCCAUGACCCCGGGCCCCGGUGGCAAGCCUCGGAUGCGGAGGUCUUCCACAGCAAGGUCCAUUGGUGCGAGGAGCGACUUUGACGAAACCAAUGGCGAUGACUCGCUUAGUAACUCGGCCACGUUGGACGAUCCUGAGAAGCUUCGCCUGAGAAUGAGGGAGAAGUCGGAUGCAGACGCACACAUGCACCGAUACAUCUCGGACCAGCUUGAGCGUUUCAAGGAAGACAAGGAGCAUGUGAACGGGCAAGACAACGAGUAUGAGGCUGGUGCCUGA